UCAUAAUUUAAGGUCAAGCUACGAGUUGAUCUCCCAUUCUUCAAGCUUUCGUGGUAUUUCUUCAGGGGCCGGUUGCACAAAGCCUAUAUAAGUCUACUUUAAGUUUCUAAAUAUGUUUUAUUUUUGCCUCUGAAUUGUACUGGGGCCGGAUAACUAUUCGCUGGAUAGGGAUUUUAUCCGGCGGUUAGCGCCUAUCCGGCGGAUAACUUAUCCACGCUUUGUGCAACCGGCCCCAGCAGAUUACUACUUUUUCAUCUAAACAUAUCUAAAUUGCUUUUCAUAGGCAUAAAUAAGAGUUGAGUUUUGUAAUCUAGUAGCCCUGUUGGAUUUUUCAGUGAGAGGGCCUGAGUACUAGUAGGAACAUUUCAGCUUCGCUUCAGCGCGGAGUAUUACAUUACAAAUGUUUUGAUCAUGGAAAUCUACGAAACCACAAGAUUUACCCAUUGAAAUCCGACCUGAUCAAACUUAUAAGUCUUCUACAAGUCGUAAAACAGAUUAAUAUGCGAAAUUCCAACAGCUGUACAUGUUUAACCGUUAUCUAUCUUGUACAAAAAGGAUAACGGCAGGCGCUAGAGAAGACAAUCGUCUCCACAUUGUCAACAGGAAAUGAGAUCAAUCAUCUAAUUGUAUUGCAAUGAUGUGAUGGCAUCCAGUAGUCUUGCUCGACUGAAGGCUGGUCUCUUGAGAAGCAAGCCAGAACCAAACCCUAAGCAAACAGCUAAGACAAAGAAAGACAACACUGCAGAAUAUGAAUCAGUUGAGGAUAGAUUUGAGAAGAAGAGAAAAUCCAAAAUCGAGGAUUAUGUGAGGCUAUCAAGAUCCUAUUCUGAUCUUGAUAUCCCUGGAACUUUAGUUAUAUCCAGUCAACUUGGUCUUUUUUCAAUGGACAAUGGAGGAAAAAAGCCUAGUAAAGGAAAAUUUGAACAGAAAGUAAAACCUGAAUGUUCUUCUACUGAAGGCAGGGCAGUGUUUUAUGAACCUGAUGCAGACAAAUUCCAAGAUAUUAGAUCUAGAUUCUCGCAAGCCGCUAAAGUGGAUGACCUGUUUAAGGAACAGCAAACUGAGGAGUUCUUGAAUCCCCUUCAUAAGGGAAACAAAAGAAGAAAACUGCCUAAUCCAGUAAAGAUAAACUCAGACACCCCAGUAAUACCUCACUUUGACAGCACAGAUAAACAGGAUGUCUUUGAAGAUACUAAAAGCAGUCCAUUGACUGCCCAGAAACAGCUUACCCCAAAGCCAUCACCACCCAGUAAGCCAUUUAAGCCAUCUCCUCCGCCUAAACCAAGCAUAGCCCCUAAGCCUUCCUUGGCUAUCAAACCAGCAAUUUCACCUAAACCAACAUUGAAACCAAAGCCAUCAUUGCAGGAGAUAAAACAGAAAGAGAUUAGGGUAACUAACUCUGAUAAAGAAUCCAAUCAAACUGUGCUUGAUCCAGAAACAACAACAGAAAAGCCCUGUCCACCACCAAGAAAUCGUAAGAAAAAAAUAAUAAAAAAUGAGGCUUAUACAAGUCUUAGACCUAGUCUAGUCACAUAUUUAGAUAAAGAAACCAUUUCUUCAAAAUAUCUCCCAUCACACACACAGGAAGUUCAAGUCACUCAAAAACAUGAUCAACAUGCUGAUCUUUACUCUCCUGCAGAAGAAAAAUGUGAGUCUGAUUUAAAUCAGCUUGGUAGUGCUUCAAAAGGGACAGUAUUUUACCUUUCGAUAGAUAAAGAGAAAUUUGAUGACUUUUCUGUCCAAGAAAUUAAAUGUGAAACAGGCCAUGAGUAUGAUGAUGUUGAAUGUAGCGAUGUACAUGUGUAUGAUGAUGUUGAAUGUAGGGAAGUACAUGAGUAUGAUGAUGUAGAACAAAGUGAAAAACCUUGUGAGGAUGCAAUUGAUAAAAAAUACCAAAUCAUGGAAGACAGUAAAGAAAAUCAAGAUGGAAGUCUUGAAUGUCAAGCCAAGGAUUCAAUAUGUGAUGGCACUCAAAAGAAAUAUCCUCAUCCCUAUGAAAAUGUCUUGGAAAAUCCCUCAUCAAAAACUAAUCCCUAUGAAAAUGUUGAACUUUCUAAUGGCCCCAGUGAGAGCCCAAAACCUGUUUAUCCAUAUGAGAAUGUUGAGCUAAAACAUGAGGAUCCAUAUGAUGUUGUUGCCAAUAGUGAUGAUAGCGAUGGCUGGGACUCUGAUGAGUUUGAUGAUGAGGAUGAUGAUAAUGCUACCCUUGGAGAAGACAGGAAUAAAAAACAAGAGCUGGAUUUGGUUUUUCCUGAUGCAAGAAGUAAGAAGCUCUACAACAUUGCCCACGAGAUUCUAACGACUGAAAGAGCGUAUGUUAAAAGACUUCGUCUGCUUGACAAGGUGUUUUUUGCUCGGCUGGAUACUGAAUGCUGUGCUCCAGGAUUAAUUACACCAGAGGUUAUGCAAGACAUAUUUGCCAACAUUGGGAGCAUCCAUAAGUUUCACAGUGACUUCUUGCUACCAAAACUAGAGGAGAGAAUGGCCCAGUGGACUACAAAUAACACCUUAGGAGAUAUUUUAAAGACCCUUGCACCAUUCUUAAAGAUGUACAGCGCAUAUGUUGGCAACUUCGAUAAGGCAAAUGAGACGGUUUCUGUCUGGUUAAAGAAACUGCCAAAGUUUGCAUCCGUCAUCAACGAAAUUCAGAGAAGCCCAGAAAGUGAGAACCUCACGCUUCAACAUCACAUGUUAGAGCCAAUCCAAAGAGUUCCACGUUACAAGCUGCUACUCACUGACUACAUCAACAAGUUGCCCGAGGAUUCACCUGAUGUUAAUGCCACAAAAGACGCCCUGGCGAUUGUUUCCAAAGCUGCACAGCAGUCCAAUGAGAUAAUGAAGAAGACGGAACGCUUCCAAAAGUUGCUUGAGAUUCAGGAGAGACUGCUUGAGCAAUCUGAUAUUAUUACACCCAGUAGGGAAUUCGUGAAGGAGGGGGUAAUACGUAAAGUGUCCGCCCGCAAGCAUGUUGGACAGCAGGACCGAUACCUUAUUUUGUUUAACGACAAGCUAUUGUGCUGCUCCAAGUUUCCUACCGGAAAGUUAAAGAUGAGAAUAACAAUGGACGUGGAUGGAAUGGCAGUCGGGGACGCUGGAGAGGACAUCGAUGAACCCAACACCUUCCGCAUCACCAGCAAGCAGAGAGUCGUGGACUUCUCCGCGGAGACUGAGGACGAAAAGGAACAAUGGAUAAAGGCAGUGAGUGACGUCAUUGCAGAGUGGAAGCGAAAAAUGGAAAGCUACAAGCGAGUCAACGAAGAGAAGGACAGCACUGUGCGCGACUCAUUACGUGAUAAUGAGCUUGGUACCAAAGCACCGGCGUGGAUCCGUGACGAAUCCGUGACCAUGUGCAUGUUGUGUGACGCGCUGUUCACGCUGACACGCCGCCGUCACCAUUGCCGUGCUUGCGGCGGUAUUUACUGCAAUGCGUGCUCCCACAAUAAAGCCCCCCUCGAGUACCGUGACGGCAAACUCUGCAGGGUAUGCCGAUCCUGCCGCGAGAUCCUAGUUCAUGGGGUCAAAAAAACACCCAUCGAGCAAAAAACGGCAUCGAUAGAUACCCGUAGGCUGGCAGUGAAAGAUAAAGUCCUUUUGUCUGGCUUCUUGGAGUAUCGGGGUAGUGUGGAGAAGCACUGGGUCAAACGGUGGUGUGUGCUUUCUGACAACUUCGUGUUCUACUCCUACAAAGCAAGAAAGGACACAAAGGCAGCGUUUAGUUUGCCUCUCCCAGGUUACACCGUGGACCAACCCAAUCUGGCAGAUAGCAUUGAGAAGAAGAUGGUGAUCAAGCUCCACCAUAAGAAUGUCGUAGUUCAUUUCUUCGCUGCUGAAAAUGAGAACAGUUUGAAAAGGUGGACUCAUCACUUGUCGUAUGCAGUCAAAGCAGAGACGAUUCCCGAGGACAUCACAGAGCCAUUGGACAACAAGCAACGGUCAGAGAGCUGUCUAAGCAACCAGUCAGAUGACAAGCAACGGUCUGAUAGCAAUUUGAGUAGCCAAUCAGAUGAGAAAUAGCCAAUACCAAUUAGUAUACUAAUUUAGUAUUAGUUUAAAUUUCCUAUUUAGAAGGGAAGGGACGUGAUACAAUUUCUCGAUAAAACGAUAUUUUAGAGGAAUAUGUUUUAUUUAGGAACAGAUGAUAAGAUAUUCGUUUAUACAACUGAGUGAUUAUAUAUACAUUAUGCAAACAGCCUCAACAUCCGUCAGAACUGCUGGCACGGACAUGACGGGACAACCUGGAAAAUUCGCAAUUCGA